AUGGACGACCUCGUCGGUUUGAGCUGGAAUUCCAACUCCAAUGACUCCAAUCCCAGACCUCCACCUAUGGGCUCAGCGUCCCUGCUAACAUCAAUGCGCACACCGUCUACCCAGGGGCGUCCUACACCGCCGUCAUCGAACGGACACGCUUCCAAUCCGCCGUCCAAACCAGCGACCCCAGCGAACGACAGCUUUGCCAAUCUGGUGUCUUUCGGAGCGUCCGGUGCGAAUAACAGAAAUAUGUCUUUGCUCGAGCAGCAGAAGCAGUUGCAAGAGCAAAAAGCCAAGCAAGACGCCGAGAAGCGCCGUCAGCUAGAGGCACAGUUUGGAGGCCAGGAUGCUCAAUUCUGGGAUACUCUGGGUCAAGAUAGAAGUGCUAUAUCUACGCCACCGGCCCCCACAGUACCUCGCAUAAGCUCUCCGGACGAGGAGGAUAUACUGGCUGCGUUUGACGCUGCAGCGCCCGUGGAUGCCUCCACCAAUUUUCCUAUUCCAUCAUCUCGGUCCACGGACAGCUCCUCGAAUUUGCCAACUCGUCAAAACUCACAUAAUCUAGCGUUUGGUGAUGAUGAUGAUGAUCCAUUCGGUCUGGGGCAAAUGCGAUCCAAGCCCACAGUGGCUCAACCUGUAUCCACGCAGCGCGAGGAUGACGAUGACGACUUUCUUGGAUUGCUUGGAAAGCCUGUGUCCGAAUCAGCGCGGGUUAAUGAACGGCCGAAGAUGGAUGCUUCUGUUCCAACCCCGCCCCCUAAAGCUGAUGAUCCACGGGACCGGGCUGUAGCCGAGCUAGUUGACAUGGGAUUUCCGCCUGAGAAGGCUGCUCAGGCUCUAGAAAACACAGAAUCUGGGGUAGAUGUACAGGCUGCUGUUGGGUGGCUUCUAAAUCAAGCACAUGCAGAGUCAAGACAAAAAACGAGGGCUAAGGCGGGGCUUCCCCCAGAAGAGCCCCCAACUCGUAGGAGAGAGGAUCCUAGAGCACGCAACCAGGGGGUUCCUUCGUGGAUGAAAGAAAGUGAGCUAGAGCAGCGGCAGUCCGGGCAUCGUGGAGAUAGCAGGUCUCCAGUUCCUCGCGAUCGAGACAUGGGCGAACUUGCUACUAAUUUCGGUAACCAGCUAUUCAAAACUGCCAAUUCUCUUUGGAAGACGGGGAGCAAAAAAGUACAACAGGCUGUGCACGAUUUCAAUUCCGAAGCAGACUCCAGUCAACCUCGGUGGAUGCGAGAAUCCGUCCCCAUUCAGACCAGCGAAGAGCGUGGUACUCGUCCUCCGAAACCUGUGCGAGAAGACGCACGAGGAGAUGUACGGAGCGAUCGCGCUCAACCUGAACGCACCGCCGAUAUCACAGAUGAGGCUUUGCUUCUAGAAUCAGAUGUCGGACGGCCUACUCGCCAUACUCCACGGCGACCUGAUGCUGUAGAGCCGCGGCAACAACAGCGGCCAGCACCUUUCACCGAUGGCCCUAUUGAGAGGCGCGAGGCUAGACAUCCUCCAAUACAACAAAAGCAACAACAGCAGGCGCGCCGGCCACAAGAUCCUCCUAGGGAUCCUCGAACCCAGCUCACACGAAGCGCAUUGGAAGAGCAAUCAGCGCAGGCCUAUGUUAGCCCUGCAAGACGAAGGAGACCCCAACCAGCAACGAAACCGCAGCAGGAUCAAAAAUCAUCAUUAGCCAUUGAAGACAAUGGUAUAGAUCUAUUAGAUGGCUCGAAACCUCAAGCAUAUAAACCCAUGCCCUCCGCCGUACCAACUUCAAGCCCACCAGUAUCAAAACCGAGGACGCCCCUUCCAUCACGACCAAAAGCUCCUGCCCGCAAUAUUCCCUCUGUCUCACAAUCAGCUCUCUUAUCAUCCCACAAGGACCGCGAAAUCGGAAAUGAUGCCUACAAAAGAGGAGACUACGCAGCAGCACACGAUGCUUUCACAAAGGCAUUGUCUCAUCUUCCAACUGAUCACCCCGUAACCAUAAUGGCGCUUAGCAAUCGUGCCAUGACUGCUUUGAAGAUCGGCGAGCCUAAAGUGACUAUCUCUGACGCAGACACUAUCAUAGCGUUCAUUGGACCGUCUAAAGGCGAAGGCGAAAGUAUUGAACCUGGCAAUGGCCAGCCGACCAAACCCAUGAAAGAUUUCUUUGGAAAGGCGCUUAUGCGCAAGGCGGAAGCUCUCGAGCAUCUGGAAAAAUGGGCAGACGCAGCGCAAGUGUGGAAACAGGCUGUUGAAUCAGGCCAUGGAGGUACUACGAGUAUUCAAGGCCGAAACAGGUGUGAGAAAGCGGCUGGUAUCAGCAAACCGCCAGCACCUCCCGUUGCUCGGCCUAGUGCAGCGCGUGCUGCGCCGAACAAAAGGACGCAGGUAGCAGCACCUCGUACAUCUGCUUUGAGUGAUCUUUCAGGGCAAAAGCCAGCCGCUACAGGCGAAGCUGUCUCACGUCUUCGAGCUGCGAACGAAGCAGCUGAGCGAGCCGACGAGGAGAAACUCGCCCUCACGGAUAGUGUUGAUGCGAGAUUAUCGGCUUGGAAGGACGGAAAGCAGGACAAUCUCCGAGCUUUGUUGGGGAGUCUUGAUAAUGUACUAUGGCCAGAGUCUGGAUGGAAGAAGAUCAAUAUGUCAGAAUUGAUUCUUCCAAACAAGGUCAAGAUACAGUACAUGAAAGGGAUUGCCAAAGUGCAUCCCGAUAAGAUUCCAACAAACGCUACAACCGAGCAACGAAUGAUUGCAGGUGCUGUUUUCAGUACGCUGAACGAAGCAUGGGAUAAAUUUCGCCAGGAGAAUAACCUCUAG